AUGUUCCGACCGCCCGUCAACCGCGCGAUGCGCGUCCUCGAUCGAUCAUUCUUUAAGAAGACCGUGCCCCUCUCGGCGGCGACCGUAUUCGACAACAAAAACAUAUCCCGGGUCAAAAAUGAGUUGAUGAAGAGUAAUGAUAUGCUUAUUUUGCCCCGGAUUAUGCCCGUCAAAAAACCACAAACGACGAAUGAGGGGGAUGAGAAGAGGAAAUGUCUCCUGCUGAGGGAGGAGGUGAGGGCAGAUGACGUCGCAACUUGGUCUCCUACUAUCAAAGAACUGGUCGCGGCAAAGUUUGUGGAGGUGAAGCCGUUUGAUUUGCACUUGGAGUAUGAUUAUUGGACAUAUGCUGAUAUUAUAUCCGCGAUAUUACCCGAGGAUGAGCUGGGUGAGGUACCCGUGGGAUUCUCGCAGGUUGGCCAUAUUGCACAUCUAAAUCUCCGGGACCAGUACCUCCCACACAGACAUUUGAUAGCGGAGAUCCUAAAAGACAAAAACCCGUCGGUCAGAACCAUCAUCAACAAGAUAGAUGAUGUCGGAGCAACCAGCGAGUUCCGCACGUUUGCGUUCGAAGUUUUGGCUGGCGAGAACGAUACAAACGUCAUCACGCGCGAGCAAGAUUGCGAGUUUUCAUUUGACUUUGCAAAAGUAUACUGGAAUAGUCGACUGAGCACGGAGCAUACGCGACUGGUGAGCACGUUCAAAGAGGGAGAGGCAGUGUGCGACGUUAUGGCUGGAGUCGGUCCAUUCGCCCUUCCCGCUGGCAAAAAGCGGGUAUUUGUCUGGGCCAACGAUUUGAACCCGCAUGGGUAUGAAAGAAUGGAGCAUGGAAUCAAGAAAAAUAAAGUCCAGGGGUUUGUCAAGGCAUUCAACAUGAACGGGAGAGAUUUCGUCAAAUUCGCCGCAAAGGAGCUAUACGAAAAUGAACCGACUAAAGUCGUCAUCAAACCAAAGGUCUCGCGCAAUGGAUCAAAGGAGCAGAGAUCCAAGUCCCCGAGCCGGAAUGCGCCUCCUCCUCUGGUCUACACUGCCCCCCGCACAUUUGAUCACUACGUUAUGAAUCUCCCGGCAUCAGCCAUCACCUUCCUGGAUAGCUUCAUCGGCGUGUAUGCCGGCCAGGAACAGCUCUUUGCGCCUCACACCGAUCGGAAGCUCCCCCUGAUUCAUGUGUAUUGCUUUUCGACUAACAGCGAGGACGGAGAGUUUGAAAAGCGGGAAAUUUGUGAGCGGAUCUCCAAAGAGAUUGGAUUCACAAUCACACCCGAAGAUUGUGAGGGUGGCAUAGGAAAUCCUGAAAGAGAAGUGGAGAUCAGGAAUGUGAGGCUGGUGUCGCCAAACAAACGCAUGUUCUGCGCAAGCUUUAGGCUACCAGCAGAGGUGGCGUUCAAGGGAGAGUAG